CUCCCUCUCUCCAACUUUUUUCUUCUUUUUUCUCGUUCCACUCCUCUUUCUUUGCUUGUAUUGGCUGUGGUCUUUUUUUAAAAAAAAAAACAAAAAACAAAAAACGCCCAUGUGCUUUUGUUUUGGUUGCUGUUGAGAACUGCAAGAAGAGAAACCAAAAUAAAGAAAGAAAAAGAAGAAUCAUCUUAUGUUCCCCAAUACUUGCUUAUUUUAACUACUAGAAAGUAAGAAACUCUCACCUCUCACCUUCUCUUCCCCAUUAUAACUAGCUUAUUAUUACCCACUCUCUCAAACUUUUAUUUUCUUUUUCCUCUUUUCUAGCUGAGUGAAACUCUUUCAUUCCCAAACGCCACUGAAGAAAUGACUAAAGAAGAAGACUUUAAGCUCCUUAAGAUCCAGACUUGUGUUCUCAAAGUGAACAUACACUGUGAUGGGUGUAAGCAGAAAGUGAAGAAACUCCUUCAGCGGAUUGAAGGUGUUUACCAAGUAAACAUAGAUGCAGAGCAACAGAAGGUCGCAGUAUCAGGAAGUGUAGACUCUGCAACUUUGAUUAAGAAGUUAGUCAGAGCUGGUAAACAUGCUGAGGUUUGGUCCCAGAAGUCCAACCAAAACCAAAACCAAAACCAAAAGGGCAACUGCAUCAAAGAUGACAAGAACAACAAAGGCCAAAAACGAAGCAUCCUCAAAGGCCUAGAAGCCUUAAAGAACCAGCAGAAGCUCCCUGUUGCAUUCGGCUCUGAAGAAGAUGAUGACUAUUUUGAUGAUGAUGAUGAUGAAGAUGAUGAGGAGGAGGAUGAGCUCGGGUUUCUCGUACCAAGACUUGGCCUUCUCAGGCAGCAAAUUGAGGCAAGCAAUGCAAAGAAAAAUAUUGGAUCCAUGGCAGCAGCUCCCAACAAUGGUAAUAAUAAGAUGAACAACAAUGUUGGGAACGGGAAUGCCCAAAAGAAAGGAACCCCAAACCCAAAUCAGAACAUGGGAAUGAAGGUUAAUCCAGGUGAGAUAGAUCAACAAGCCAUGGCGGCUUUGAAAAUGAACAGUACCCAAUUAGGAGGUGGAAACAUCAAUUCUGGUGAAGGGAAAAGGGCAAAUGACAUUGCAACCAUGAUGAACCUUGCUGGUUUUAAUGGAAAUGUUGGUAAUAUUCCUAAUUCAGCUACUGCUACUGGGUUGGGAUGCAAUCCCAAUGGUUUAGGAGGGUUUCAACAAGUUCAAUCCAAUAUGGGAUAUCAAGGAUCAUCUGGAGGAGAGUUCCCUAGUGGUUUAUAUGCCGCAGGGCAACAUCCAUCAGCUACGAUGAUGAAUAUGAAUGGGUAUAACCAUCCAGCAGCAGCAGCAUCCAUGAUGAUGAACAUGCAAAACAGGCAUAUAAUGCAGCAGCAGCAACAGCCACCUCAACCGCAGAUGAUGUAUCACAGGUCUCCUUUUAUUCCACCUAACACUGGCUAUUACUAUAACUACAGCCCUGCCCCUUGUACUGAGCAACCCAAUUACAGUAUUGGUAACUCUGCAGCAACCCACAUGUUCAGUGAUGAAAACACUAGCAGCUGUUCAAUAAUGUAAUUGAGAGAGAAUGUAGGAAUCCCCUCCCCCCCCCCAAAAAAAAAAAAUAAAGGAAUACUAUGGUGAUUUGUCUUGAAAAUUAAGUGGAGUUAGUGGGCUUUUGACAGUAUUCCCUGGUGGAUGUCCUGUGGAGGGAAUAGAUUGGAAUGGGAGAUAGGACGUCUCAGUGAAUCUUAUCAGUGUAUUUGUGUAGUUGUUAGGAUGAUGCAUUUUUUUUCUCUUUUUUUUUUAGUUCAACUCUGUCUCCUUGUUUUUUCUACGUUUCAAGACAGACUUUGAUUUGUGGUUUUGCAAACCUCACAGUACUAGUAAAUAAUAAAAAUGGAGUGAUUUAGAAUAUGUAUUUAUAUAAAAAUCGUGCAUUAUCUU